AUGGCUGGUUUACAAGAUCUCUUUAUACAAAAUCUGAAUGCCAAUCGAUUUGAUAAUGGUCUUCCUCCUAUUUCACCUUUGGAAAAGCUUUCAAUAUGCAAAGGUGCCGUUUUUACUUAUAGUCUCAAAAAUUGGUACAACGAAAACUGGAAACAAUGGGACGAUGAUGAUGAAGCCAAUGAAAGUACUUUUGCAUCAUUGAAAACAAAAUCUACUCAAAUGGAUGAUUGGAACGAUGGAUUUAUUAGGUCAUUGAAUUCAGCCGACAGCGUUCUAUUACCACCCUUACCUUUUGGACCUUACAAUGACCCAUUACGAACAAUGACUCUUUCUGCUGUUUUUCCUCUUGCAGAUGACGGAACUGGCAAUUAUACAGAUGAUGCGAUACACAGCAAUAUGGAUGCACUUACUGCUAAUUUUUGGGAACUUUCUCGCGAAUUUGCGCCAUCUACACAACAACGAUCGUUUUUAUCAACGUUACUGGAUCAAGCGAUUACUUCAUGGAUCAAAGACCCUUCCAAUCGUGAUUACUUGGCUCCUUAUGACUCCAAUAAUAACAAUAGUUUAAAUGGUGAAUCAGUCGGACGGGAUAAUUCAACUGGACUUGUACGGAAUUUAUUACAUGCAAUGAGUCAAAACAGGACUGGCUCCAUCACUCAACAGGGAAAUCAAAUUACUGUCAUCAAAUCAGAUCAAGUGGAAACAAUCAUCAACGCAUUAUUCCGGACCAACAUGGAUGAUGGUAACAAGAAUAAAAAAAGUGAUAGCAAUACGGAUCAUAUCAAAUUACGUAAUGCAAAUUCUGAUAUUACGCUAUAUACAUCUGGUGCACUUGGAUUACGACUGAAGUAUGGAGCAUCAGUACCUAAACAAUCGUUUUUAUGGAAUAUGGUGACAUUUGAACUACACGCUUUACAGGAGAUGAACAAAGGAGGAUAUAGUACCUCAACAUCGUCAUCAUCAUCAUCAUCUUCUUCUUCAUUUAUGGGUUUCCUACGGAUAUUAUGGAUAGAAGUUGUUCGACAAAUUCGAUGGCACUGGGAAAAUCUGAUACCUAUACCUCACGUAGAUCCCUUCUUAUAUCGACCAUCAUUAUCGACUGAUAGUGAUGAUACCCUCAAAAAAGACUCGCAACAUAAUGGAACUCUUGGUAUUGAUCUGAAUUACAACAUUUUACACCAAAAACUUGCUAUGAUCAACUGUUGUAUUCAUCAAAGUAUCAAAACUUUACCUAUGGAAGAAGAUUCCUCAUCAGUACCAACAUCUGGCAAAAAGAUAUCAACACUAUUCGACAAGGUUCAUGAUUCAAGGAUGACUUCUAACAACAAUAGCAAGAAUGAAAAAAAGCUUGGGACAAUGGAUAGAUUCAACAACUUUUUAGAGCAGCUGGUAGAUGGGGACAAUGAUGUAUCCACGGAAACAAAGGUAUGGUUUUUCAAGAUCGAUGCAGAAUCAGAUCCUUGUCAACACGUUCCUAGUCAUCUUGGUGAUAUUGAAGACUGGUCUACUGGUCUCAACAGGGAGUCUGAAAUACAAGAUCCUAACGCAUUUGAAGGAAGAAGUUAUCAACAUGAAUCGAUCAAACUUUUGAAAACUGAUACUCCUCUAUGGGUACCAAUCACACAGAAUCCAGGUUUUAUGACAGAAGAUAUGAUACAACAACAAGCUGAUGUGUUUGAAAGCCUAGGUACCUCGGAUGAUGCUACUCAGUUACGUGCGAAAUUGCAAUCUGCCCAACUAUUAUCAGAUAUGCAAGCAUUCAAAGCGGCCAAUCCAUAUGCUGUAUUGGAAGACUUUGUUAGAUGGCAUUCACCCAAGGAUUGGAUUGAAUCUCCUGGAUGUCUAAGCGCAAGAAUGUCAGAACCUACUAAUAUAUGGCAAGAAUUAUGGAAGUGCUCAAGAAGAAUACCUGUCUCACGUCAAAAAUCAUUAUUUAAUCUUACUGCUGAAGGAGAAAAGGCUUUACAUUAUUUGGAGAGUUUAUCGGUACAUGAUGUUUUCUCACUAUUACUUCCUACUAUGGGUCUGAUCAUGUACGAUACUUUGGCUAGUCAACCUAUUGUGAAAUAUAUCCGCCCUGUGGCCUUGGGUCUCAAUGAAUUGGCAACUGCACUGAUGAACUAUCCUUGGGAUGCCUUGAAGUAA